AAAAAUUUGAAUCCGAAAAUUCAGCAAACUUCAUAGUUUCACAUCAUCUGUUCAGCAAGUUCAGAAAGUUUGGGAAAAUAGAAUUCGAGAGUUUUAAAAAUAUUAAAUUAAUUAUAAUUAGUCUAUCGUAUUGUAUCAUCUGAUAUUGUCAACAGCUACAGUCAACUACACUUCAGCUUAAUCAUAAAGAAAGCCAGUUCUCAUCGUUAUAAUUUCUACAACAUCCAAUUGACCGAAAAUAAUAUAUUGAAGACGUAAAAAUGGCAACAAGAAAGAAGGUUCUUUUAAAAGUCAUCAUUUUGGGAGACUCAAGUGUUGGAAAGACAUCCUUAAUGAAUCAAUAUGUCAACAAAAGAUUCUCAAACCAGUACAAGGCAACAAUUGGAGCAGAUUUCUUAACAAAGGAAGUAGUUGUCGAUGAUCGUGUCGUAACAAUGCAAAUAUGGGAUACUGCGGGUCAAGAAAGAUUUCAGUCACUUGGAGUUGCAUUUUAUCGCGGAGCAGAUUGUUGUGUGUUAGUUUUUGAUACAACAGCACCAAACACAUUCAAAAAUCUUGAUUCUUGGCGUGAUGAGUUUUUAAUUCAAGCCAGCCCUAGAAAUCCUGAACACUUUCCAUUUGUAGUAUUGGGAAACAAAAUAGAUUUGGAAAAUCGAUCCGUAUCAACAAAACGAGCCCAACAAUGGUGCCAAUCUAAAAAUGAUAUUCCAUAUUUCGAGACAUCAGCAAAGGAAGGUAUUAAUGUAGAUAUUGCUUUCCAAACGAUCGCUAAGAAUGCCCUGGCCCAAGAAACUGAAGAUUUGGAUACAACAUCAGGCUUUCCUAACAUAACUCUUAAUGCAGAUAAUAAUCCAAGACCAUCAAAUGACGGUUGUCAAUGCUAAUUAAAAUAAUUAAGAGAAUGAUGAACGAAAAAAAAAAUUAUAUGUUGAAAUUAAAGUUUAAUCAGCAAGCAAGCAAAAAAAGAAAUCGAUAGCAUCGAUUUAGGCAGAUAAAAUAUGAUUUAAAAAUAAAUCUUUUUUCAGUAAAAAAAAAACAAUAAUUAAUGAGCAAAGAACAGCAACAACGUGAAAUGAAUGCAUGUGAAAAUUUUUCUUGUUUUUUGUCGUCUCCAAAUUCCAAAAUAAUAAAACUAUAAUUAAUAUUUAUCAUUUUUAAGAGAGAAAAGCUAUACAGAAGGAACUAAGGAGUUGAUCAUUAAUGACAUUAGUGAGUGACUUCUAAGGAGCUAACUUCACUAAAGUGAUAUAUCGUUUAAUAAUAUUAUUUUGGGUAUUCACUACUAGACUUUUAAUAAAUCGUGGGUUUUAAGGAACAUUCAUACUGGAUUUCAAAUGCUCUACGAUUCUAUAUAUUUUAAUUUUUAGAUUUAAUGUCAAGAUAUUCUACUUUUGUGAAGUUGGUCUUCACUUUAUCAGAUUGUGAGAAAGAUAUUGGAUAUCUAUUCAUGUCUUUGUAUAUUGUAGGAUAAUUGAACGUAAUUUUUAUUAUUUUUCACAUUUUCUUUUAUUAUUACUUUUAAUUUCUCCUCCUCACCUCUUUACGUCGCUCUUAUUUUCUAUUGUAGCAAAUUCUUCAAAUUAACCUGAAAGUUAAAAAAAAUUGAAAAAAUGAAGAAAAAUCAGAAAACUGAUGAUAUAUUUAGGCUUUUUGUGACAUUAUAA